AUGGCUAAACCAGUGAAGCGCCAGACUCACUGCUUCGCGCCCGGAUGCUCUACCGGGUACGUUUCAGCCCGAAAGGCAGGUGUAAAAAGGUCUGUUUUUACCGUACCGAACGAUGAGGACCGGCUGAAAGCAUGGCAGCGGUACGUUCCACGUGGUGACAAACUGCUCGACCGAACUGCAGUCCUGUGCGAGUUACACUUCGAGCAACAGUUUAUUGUGAGAGAUUACACCCACAUCGUGAAUGGUGAAGUUGUGAAGAUUCCUCGCGGCCGCCCAUGCCUUACCGACGAUGCAAUACCGUCGAUCUUCCCAAACACGCCGAGUUAUCUCUCUAAAAAGCUUCCUCAGAAGCGCAGCUCCCGGACAUCGAGAGGAGAAGUGCUCGGCAAAAAAAUAAAAGUGAACGAUGAAAACGAACUUCCUUCGAUGGAGCACGAUUCUUCCUUAGAUGUGACAACGAACGGUGAACGUGUUCCCGGCGCGUCGUGUACAGUGGAAAAACUGGAGCAUAUGAAGGGUGAGAAGCUUCCUAGCAAAUACUGGUCGAUGUGCCUACUUGCGGAUGCCCCGAACGCUGUUGCGUUUACUGUUUGUGCUCAAGAUGGUGAUAGUGUGUGCUUCAAGAAACUGGUGUUGUGCUCUGCUGAGGAUACUUGCUAUCAUCGUGUAGUGUUUGUGCAAGGGAAAGUUGUAAAAAAAGUGGAUGUGUUUGAUGUGAAUGCUGUGGAAAGUCUCCUCCACUCCAUCAACGAGAUGGUUGUGUGCUCCGGUUUUGAGCAAGGUGCUAUUCCACUGGAGCGGCUUGACAGUUCCAAUCAAUCAAAAUACAGAACGCAUGGAAACAAGUUGUACAGCAAAAGUUGCUCGGGCAUGUCUCAAGAUCAAAGGCCUUGUAUACACUGCAGGUAUCUAAGAAAACUGCUUUUGAACCAAGCAUCCUAUAAGAAGAGAAAAGCUAGAGUGGCUACUGGUUACCGUGCUUCGAAGAAACUAAUUAUGCGGGGAAGACUGUUGAGGCGAGAAAAGGCAAAAGUCAGUCAACUAAUGCAAAUGCUUGCGAAAAUGAAGCAAAGUAAUUCUGCCCUCUCUGAAUCAAACCUUCAGGAGAGUCUGUCUAAGCUACCUGAGAAACAGCGGCAGCAGGUACAAACAUGCUUUGAAGCAGCGAAAAGGAAAGGAACACAGGGGAUGAAGUACAGCGAUGAAUGGCUUCUGGACUGCAUUAUAAUGCGCAUGAAAAGCCCAAAGCUGUAUGAGCAUAUUCGAAAGCAUAAAAUAAUGGUCUUGCCCAGUAAGAGUUGUUUGAACAAGUACGUGAGAAAUUAUAAGAGCAACUUUGGGUUCAAUGAUAAUGUUUUUGCUGCCAUUGAAGAAAAAACCAAAAGUAUAGAUGAGUUUCACAGGCACGGAGGUCUCUUAAUUGACGAGCUGAAGCUCUCGGAGAGCCUCAAAGUGACAAGCAGUGGACUCAUCGAAGGUUUCGUUGACUUGGGCAAAUACACUUCACUAGAUCAAAGCACACAAACGUGUGAUCACGGUCUAGUAGUAUUGUACCAGUCAUUUUCAGGCAACUUUCAGCAAAUCUUAGGGGUUUUCGGCUCCCGUGGAAAUGUGAAGGCAAAUGUGCUUGCAAAAAUCAUUGUCGAUGCAACACUAACUGCCGAGAAGUCUGGGCUUUUUGUGGAUUUUGUGACCACAGAUGGUGCAUCCUGGAACAGGAGUAUGUGGCGACAAUUUGGCAUCAAGGGUUCUUCAAAGUCAGUCGUUUGCAAAGUGAAGCACCCUGUAGAUCACAGCAGAAGUCUGCACUUCUUAUCAGACUUUCCGCAUCUUGUGAAGUGCGCCCGCAACAGCAUUGUGUCUACGGGUCUCCAGGUGCCCGAAGGAAGGGUCAGGAUAGAUGUUGUGAAAGAGGCAUGGAAGUGUGACAAUAGGGACAUUGUGCGGCUUAAAGCAAUGCCUCGUGUCACAAGAGUCGUCAUCGAUCGAACAGAUUUGAAAAAAUGA